GCCGCGCCGGCCGGAAGUGAUCCGUUUCCGGUCAUGGAGCCGGAGGUGGACAGGAGGUACCGGAGGGGCAUGGGGGCCGGUGACCGGCUCCUGGACAUCCCGUGCAACGUGUGUGGCGACAGAAGCUCUGGAAAACAUUACGGCAUCUACUCUUGUGACGGAUGCUCGGGAUUUUUCAAGCGCAGCAUACACAGGAACCGUGUGUACACUUGCAAGGCUCAGGGUGACCAAAAAGGCAGGUGCCCCAUCGAUAAAACCCACCGCAACCAGUGUCGAGCGUGCAGACUCAAGAAAUGCUUUGAAGCCUCCAUGAAUAAAGACGCAGUACAACAUGAACGAGGGCCCAGAAAGAAUAAAAACAAGGACUUGGCUGAAGGAGACCAGUCGAAAGUCCCCGUGUUUCUGGGGCGAGGGAACGAAUUUUUGAUGCCACCCCCUGCGUUUGGACCCACUCAGCCCCUCCUUGCGCAACACAGAGCACCAGACGCAAUCCAGGAUCCGUUCGGUGUGCCGAAGCUGGUCGGCGCUGACGACCGGCCGCCAUUGCUGUACCCGGCGCCACUGACGCUGACGCCCUCCUGGGACCUCUUCCACGAGACGACGGCGCGGCUCCUGUUCAUGGUGGUGCGCUGGGUGCGCGGCCUGGCGCCCUACCAGACGCUCUCCUCACGGGACCAGGUGCUGCUGUUGGAGGAGUCUUGGAAGGACCUGUUCCUCCUCCAGCUAGCUCAGUGGUAUUUGCCGUUCGACCUGUCCUCGCUGCUGGACUCGGCGCACGCGCAGUCGCGCCUGGGCGGCGGGUGUCGCGCGGACGUGCGCAUCAUCCAGGACAUCCUGUGCCGGUUCCGGCAGCUCUCGCCCGACAUGACCGAGUGCGGCUGCCUACGGGCCAUCGUGCUCUUCAAGCCAGAGACGCCUCGCCUGGCUGACACUCGACCCGUGGAGAUGCUGCAGGACCAGGCGCAGUGCGUGCUCAGCGACUACGUGCGCGCGCGCUUCUUGCGCCAGCCGACCCGCUUCGGCCGGCUGCUGCUGUUGAUCCCAGCGCUGCGUUCGGUGGCCGCCACCGCCGUAGAGACGCUCUUUUUCAAGGAGACUACCGGCGAGAUCGGCGUCAGCCGUCUGCUCUCCGACAUGUACCACAUGGAGAACGCCGACUGAUCUCACGGCGUGAUGCGUAGAGAAUGCCGAUUGGGCUACCGGGCGUGCUGCCUAAAGAGCGUCGACUGGUCGUACAAGGACGUCACCCAAAGAACGUUGACUAUUCUAAUUGGCGUGCAGACGAAAGAACAAUGGCUGACCUCCCAUAGGUGCUGUGGAGAGAACACUAACUAAUCUUCCGGCCACACUGCGGAGAGAACGCCGACUUGUUCUCAGUAUACGCCCGGUGUACGCCGCAAGGCAACGUUGUCUAGUCUUCAGUGCGCGGUUCGGAUCAAAUAAUCAUUGAUCCCGAACGACAAGAGUACAUGGAGAGCGCUGACCGAUCUCAUGCGCACUCCACAUGUGUAAGAAACAUUGAGCAUUCUCUAAAUGCCAGACCGUUCGCAUCAGUAGCGUUCUAUUUAAAGGAGCGUGUUGAGCGAAAGUGGGAGUAGGUGAGUGCCGCAUUUAAGACGGUCGAGAAGACGCUCCUGGAGAACACUCAAGGUCUCCAGGGUGCCAGUUUGAUAGCAGAUUAAUGCAGGCAUUUGUAACCUAUCGCUUGCCAAACGCUGCUUUGUUUCCCAUGCACGACGUGGCCAUUCAGCAGCAUCUGAUUAGCAGCGGGGUUUUCCGAAAAUCACGACUAAUUUAGUGUUGUUUGACGGGAGGGCUCAGCGAAGCAUAGUCGUUAAUCGUGCGGUUAAUGUAGGCCGGUCAUGCCACACAGUUACCUCACACGUACACGCCGCUGAGUUCGCAAACGAUCAGUUUCGUUUGCAGCCAGCCAAAGCGUCACAACAUGCGUGCCGAUCACAUGUAAGUCAGCUUUGUUUCCUUGUGCGUCAGAGGAUAAUUUAAAUCUUAAAUGGGAUGGGUAACACUGUCCACAAUCGUCACUUCAUGUCAGCCAAACACGUCCGUUAUGUUGUACUGAUCGGGCUCUUUAGCCUCCUACCACAUCCUUCAGGAGAAAAACGUCCAGGACCGAUAACGCGCAUGCGUUAUAUCUUGUGCAAUGCAACCUUGUCCGCUUAUGGUGAAUGUAGGUAGCUUUUCAUGAGUGUCCCCGUUGCGAUCGUUAUUUGACUGAAUAAACACCUACUAUUGCA